CGCUCGCUCGCUCGCGUGGCCGGCUUAUAUGCGCCACUCGCCCGCCCGCUGGAUCUCCCCUCCUCCUUCCUCCACCACCUUCCAGCAAGCGAGCCUUAUCUUCUUCUUCGUCCAUCCGUCCUGGCAUUGGCUAGUAGGUGUCGCGAGACAGGGAGGGUAGCAGCGAGCUGAGAGGUUCACGGUGGGGGCGGCGGCGGCGGCCAUGAAGAUCCAGUGCGACGCGUGCGAGGCCGCGGCGGCCACGGUGGUGUGCUGCGCCGACGAGGCGGCGCUGUGCGCGCGCUGCGACGUCGAGAUCCACGCCGCCAACAAGCUCGCCAGCAAGCACCAGCGCCUCCCGCUCGAGGCGCUCUCCGCCAAGCUCCCCCGCUGCGACGUCUGCCAGGAGAAGGCGGCCUUCAUCUUCUGUGUGGAGGACCGGGCGCUCUUCUGCCGGGACUGCGACGAGCCCAUCCACGUCCCCGGCACGCUCUCCGGCAACCACCAGCGCUACCUCGCCACCGGCAUCCGCGUCGGCCUCGCCUCCGCGGCCUCCGCGUGCGGCGACGCCGGCGACGCCCACGACUCGGACCACCACCCCCCGCCCAAGGCCGCAGUCGAGCCGCCGCCGCAGCCCGCCGUCUCCGCCGCGGCGGCGCAGCAGGUGCCCUCGCCGCCGCCGUUCCUGCCGCAGGGCUGGGCCGUCGACGAGCUCCUCCAGUUCUCCGACUACGAGUCCGGCGACAAGCUGCAGAAGGAGUCGCCGCUCGGGUUCAAGGAGCUCGAGUGGUUCGCCGACAUCGACCUCUUCUACGACCAGGCGCCGCCCAAGGCCGGCAGGGCGCUGGCGGAGGUGCCCGAGCUUUUCGGAUCCCAGGCGGCAAGCGACGCGGCGUACUACAGGCCGAGCAAAGCCGGCGCCGGCGCCGGCGCCGGGGUGCGCCAGAGCAAGAAGGCCCGGAUCGAGGUCACCGACGACGAAGAGGACUACCUCAUCGUCCCUGACCUUGGCUGAAAGAAAGAGCGCGAGAAUUUUGGUUCUUCGCCUGUUGUGGUGUUGUAUACCAGAAGAAUUCUACUGUGUACAGGCUAGUGUCAUGUGUUGUGCAUCUUGACUGUACUGUAGUAUUGCUCAGCUGUGAACAUGAUAAUUCUAGCCACUGUGUGUAACAGCCUGUGUGACAUUUUGAUGGUUUUAAUAUGGCUUUUGUCUCGAAACAGUUGAAGCACUUUAGUGGAGAAGAGGCAAGUACUACUAUGAAGUAUAAACAUCUGUGAAUUCUGACCA